UGUGUUUUUUCUCGAACAGCAGACCAGGCUUCUUGACAUGUACCGUUAAACCAGGAAUACAGAAUGCACCGACGUUGUUACGCAUGCUUGUAACUAGGAACUUGUAAGACAGGAAUAGUACUUCAACUCUAAAUGGACUUGAAUUUCUUGGUGUGCUGAACAUUUCUAGGAUCCCUGAAAAACAAACCCAGUACGUUGACAUUGCCCUUGCCACUGGGCUGGAGCAGGAUGGCAUUCGUUGCUAUUCAUUUGGGAGCUGGCAGUCAUUCGAGGGCAAAACGUGCGACUUACACAAAGCUGGCUCAGAAAGCCUGCUCUCGUGCCAUGCGCCUGCUGAAGACUGACGCGGAUAGCGUGAAGGCAGUGAACGCGUGCAUGGCGUGCCUGGAGGACGCCAAGAUGACGAACGCCGGACGCGGUGCCAAUCUGACCAUGGACGGUACGGUGGAGCUGGACGCCAGCGUGAUGUGCUCGCGCGGGGGAGCUUUCGGCGCUGUCGCGUGCGUGUCACGGCUACCCAACCCGUGCUCCGUUGCAUCGGCCGUGCUUCGACAGAGCUGUGAUUGGGCCGAUCCCGACGGCCGUGUGCCGCCGGUAAUGAUGUGCUCUGCUGGUUGCCAGGCAUGGGCGGCGAGAUCGGGAUUUCCACUGGUAGAUCCCAGACUGCUUAUCACCACACGCACCCAGAAAGCGUACGCACGCUACAAAAAAAUUGUGGAAGAGCGUACUGCAGCGGCGCUAAAGGCGACCGCGUCCGACAGCAGUGCGUGUGCUGGUGACGUGGAGGACAAUCUCGACGACGACAUUGACUGCGCGGAUGACGGCAGCCAGGGUGCCGGCUACAAGGACGAUGAUGACGGCGAUGAUGAUGAUGUCAUAGACGAUGAUGAUGAUGUCAUAGAUGAUGAUGAUGUCAUAGACGAUGAUGCUGAUGAUGUCAUGGAUGAUAAUGACCCACCGCGUCUAGACACCGUCGGUGCGGUAGUCCUCGACCGGAACGGCGUGCUGUGGGCCGCGGUAUCGUCCGGUGGUCUUGCUCUGAAGGAGAGCGGCCGUAUUGGGCAGGCGGCACUCUUCGGCUGUGGCUGCUGGGCAGAGGAACGUCGGGAGAAGCAGCCACAGCCACAGGCGUCACCGCCUGCUGACACUGAGCAUGAGAGUAGUGGUGCUGAAACGAGCAAUGGCAGCAGUAGUUCCAGCAGCACCAAUGCCGCCGCCGCAGCUGCUGCUGAUAGUUCCGUGAAAGUUGCCGUGAGUACGUCAGGUACUGGCGAGCACCUGAUCAAAGCUCAGAUGUCACAAACCUGUGCUAGCAAGAUCUACGAUGCUGAUGGCCAGGCCCUUGAUGGUAUUCGGCAAUGCAUGCAGGCGUUCUUAGACUGUCCACGGUUAUCAACCGUGUCCGCUCCGCUUGGUGGGGUAUUGGCUAUCGGGCACAACGGCAAGAGCGUGGAGGUGGCGUGGGGCCACACCACCGAAUCGUUCUUCGUCGGCUACAUGAGCGAGCGCUCGGACAAAGUGCACACCGCGCUGUCGCAGAAGCCCCACUCCAGCCGGUUUGCCGUGGAGGGCCGCAUGGUGCGGCUGUCAUGAUGCGGCGGCGAACUACUAAUACGCCGUGCCACUCAUGUUUGAUUUAGCUGUGUAGGUAGCUGGCUUCAAAUGGGCUGUAUUGGGUAACGUUGCGAUAGUGCUCCAGUUUCUUGACAGCGUUGACAACUCUCCAUGGCCAUUCGCUCGUCUUUGGCUUGCACACAGCACAAUGUCAUCAACCGGUCGCAGAGUACUAGUUUUCCAGCUGGCAAUGGUUGUGUGGAAGCAUAGCCAGUAUGAUGAUGAUGAAGGAGCAGAUUAGACCGGCAUCCGGUUCAAGUUCUCAGUUUUCACUUCAGGCGAGCAGCGCGGGAUCCUAACGAUAUCGGCACACCGCUGCUGCUCAGGGCCUGUACCGCUGCUGCUCAGGGCCUGUACGGCUGCUGCUCAGGGCCUGUACCGCUGCUGCUCAGGGCCUGUACCGCUGCUGCUCAGGGCCUGUACCGCUGCUGCUCAGGGCCUGUACCGCUGCUGCUCAGGGCCUGUACCGCUGCUGCUCAGGGCCUGUACCGCUGCUGCUCAGGGCCUGUAUAGCAACACGUGUAGUGUGGCGUAAGUUUCACCUACUGUGUCAGUCUGUCCUAGCACCUACAGCCGCCGAUUUGUUUGUCGGUCUCAUCACAAUGGCCUGGCUACCGGUAACUGCACUCUUGCUGUUUUUGUCCUUUUUUAAAUAUAGUUUUGGAAUCAGCAUCGGACUGCGAGCUUUGCAGCUAAAGUCUGGUUUCUUUCCUGUUGGUUGUGGAUAUUAUACGGUUCAGACAAACUUUCCCACGACAAUGGAUUUCAAUACUGUCCACUUCUGAUCAUGUUCUGUUAAUACUGAACUUGUUUUUACAACUUCCAUCUGCUCAUAGGUAUCCAAUAUAAUGAGUGGAUAUUGAUGUUGGAAUUGCUAGAGAAUAAGAAUUUUUACUUGUAGUUUGAAAUUAAAAUGAAUAAUGAACUCGAACCUCACUUUCGUAAUCAAUUAAAAAAAUUAUCUUGUCAAACAUCACUAUGUUGAAAUAUGCAGGAUAAUUUGA